AUGGCCCUCGCGAGGGCGACGCGUAUAACCACCGUGGGGGCUUUCCCGUGCGGCCCCACCGAUAGCAAGACUUCCUCAUGCCGGGAGAAGCUUGGUGUUGCGGCUCUGAUUUACCAGGCCAUCGGACUGGAACGCUGGCGCCUCGAUAAGCUUGAGCACAGGCCGCUGCGGUUCGCCAACGGUCACUGCGCUACCCAUCCAAAGUUCCUCCAACCAGAGGAAGCUGAGCUCGCAUCACCCCUGGUCGAGCUGUCAAACACUAACCUUCAGACUACAUCUUUGAACCUGAUUCUCUAUUACCUGACUUACCCAGGCCGCAAGUGCCUUGUAAACGUUGAAAAGGGCUGUCGGCAGUCAAACCAUCAACCCGGAAGAUAA